UUGUAUGUUGGGUGUAUUUUAUAUUUACCUCGUACCGAACAGAGUUUUGAGCGACUAUCUGUGUUUCUGUCCCUGUGUCUCGCCCAACAAAAAUGGCCAUAUCAAUCUCAGCAUCAAAACUGUUCAAACUCCGCCUACACUCUCCGAUCAUCCUCCGCCACCUCUCCACCGAAUCCAACCCCCCACCACGACCACCACCACCACACAAAGACCAAGACCAAGACCAAGACUCCCUAAUAACCCAAGCUCUCCAACUCCUCCAAGCCCCCGAUUAUGACUCCAACUCCAACGCCACCACGCCACUCCAGGAGCUCCUCUUUUCCUCUUCUUCUCCUUCAUCUCCUUUCAUUUUCCGCAACAUCACUCGUCGCUUAUCCUCUUCUUCUGAAGCCCUCAAGUUCUUCCACUACCUUCAAUCCAACUCUACUUCACAAGACAUCUUACCCUCUUUGUCUUCCACCUUCCAAGCCAUCUUCGAGCUCGCUAGCCGCGAACCCGAUUCGCAUAACAAGUUGUUAGAACUUUAUGGCACGGCUAAAGAGCAUAAUGUCCCACUUACUAUCAAUGCUGCAACACUUCUUAUUAGGUGCUUGGGAAGAGCUGGAAUGGUGGACCAGGUCCUUGUUGUGGUUAAAGAAGUAGACCCUUCUUUGAAAAACACGCAUUUUUGCAAUGUGGUGAUCGAUGUGAUGUUUAGAUUGGGGCGUGUUGAUGAUGCACUCAAGGUGCUCGACGAAAUGCUUCAUCCGGAUUCAGAGUGCCCACCUAAUGACUCUACGGGUGAUAUUAUAUUUGGGGCCAUGUUGAGGAGGGAGUGGCGUGGGAGGAGUAUCAAUGACGAGGAAAUUGUUGGGUUGGUGUCAAAAUUUGGCGAACACGAUGUGUUCCCUGAUACGUUUAAACUUACACAGUUGAUUACUAAAUUUUGUAGGAAUAGAAAGACAGGUCGUGCUUGGGAUCUUUUACAUGAUGUGAUGAAGUCUGGUGGUGUGGUGGAAGCUGCUUCUUGCAAUGCGCUUUUGACGGGUUUGGGAAAAGGUGGGGAUUUUGAGAGGAUGAAUAAGCUUACUAUGGAGAUGAAAGAGAUGAAUAUUCAACCUAAUGUGGUGACUUUUGGGAUUCUUAUUAAUCUUAUGUGCAAGUCUCGGAGGGUUGAUGAGGCAUUGGAGGUUUUCAAGAAAAUGAAAGAAGGGAGUGAUGGGGUCUUGGUUGAACCUGAUGCGAUCAUGUAUAAUACUCUCAUUGAUGGACUUUGUAAAGUUGGGAGGCAAGAAGAAGGGUUGAGUUUGGUGGAACAGAUGAGAUCACAAAACGGAUGUGCACCAAAUACCGUUACCUAUAAUUGCUUGAUUGAUGGGUUCUGCAAAUCUGGCGAAAUUGAGAGGGCACAGGAGCUGUUUGAUCAGAUGAAUAGGGAAAGCGUGUUUCCUAAUGUGAUCACCCUUAACACUUUAAUUGAUGGUAUGUGCAGACAUGGGCGGAUCAAUAGUGCAGUUGAGUUCCUCAAUGACAUGCAAAGUAAAGGUGUGAAAGGCAAUGCAGUCACAUAUGCAAUCUUGAUUAAUGCCUUUUGUAAUGUCAACAAUAUUGAUAAAGCAAUGGAAUUUUUCGAUCAAAUGUCAAAUUCUGGAUGCUCCCCCGAUGCAAUUGUUUAUUACACCUUGAUCUCAGGUUUGAGCCAAGCUGGAAGGAUGGAUGAUGCCAGCUCUGUUGUAUCAAAGUUGAAAGAAGUUGGGUUCUGCCUUGAUACUGUGUGCUACAAUGUUUUAAUUGGUGGGUUCUGCAAGAAGAAUAAGUUGGAUAAAGCAUAUGAGAUGCUCAAGGAAAUGGAGGAAGCUGGAGUUAAGCCUGAUAGUGUCACGUAUAACACCUUGAUCUCCUAUUUGAGCAAAACUGGGAAUUUUACAACCGCCCAUAGAGUGAUGAGAAAGAUGAUUAAGGAGGGUCUUAAACCCACUGUUGUCACUUAUGGUGCACUAAUACAUGCAUAUUGCUUAAUCGGCAAAAUAGAUGAAGGCAUGAAAAUCUUUAGAGAUAUGGGUUCUGCAUCAAAGGUUCCUCCCAACACCGUAAUAUACAAUAUUCUUAUAGAUUCUCUCUGCAAGAAUGAUGAUGUAGAACAUGCUCUUUCUCUGAUGGAUGAUAUGAAGGUUAAAGGGGUGAAGCCCAAUAUUACCACAUACAAUGCUAUCUUCAAAGGCCUCCGGGACAAAAAUUUAUUAGAGAAAGCAUUUGAACUUAUGGACAGAAUGAUUGAACAGGCUUGUAAUCCUGAUUAUAUAACCAUGGAGGUGCUUACUGAGUGGCUUUCUGCAGUUGGUGAAACAGGAAAGUUAAAAAAAUUUGUGCAAGGAUAUGAGGUUUCUGCUUCUAGUGCAUAAAUUUUAAAGUGUAUCUUUUGCACUGAUGAAUUAUCCAUACAGAGAGAGAGAGAGAGAGAAGCACAGGGUCCAAUCUUCUGGACUUAUUGCUGUUUUCUGGUUGGAAUGCCUAUUGGGCUUCACUCAGAGCAUUGAUUGAAGACCCUCAGUUUCUCGUGUGUGCGUGCUUAUUGAGCUCAUCCUUGCUACGGUAUCCACACAUGUCCAUGGUGGGUUUCAUCCUUUCAUGUUGAACUAAUCAAACAAUGAGGGUAAAUGUAUUCCGAAUGCGCAUUACCAUGUUAUAUGCUGUCGAGAUUUUUGUAUGUUGCAAAUUAUAUGCCAUUGAGACUUCAAACAAUAAGAGCUGGAACUGUUCAACACUUA